UCUUGCGUCAGAUAAUGUUCCAGAAGCGGGUGGGCUGAGGCUCCACGCACGGCUUCGGCUCUCGGUCAGACUGGAAGGGGGCAGGCAGGUGGUACUCGUCGUGGCAGGGGUGGAUAGGCGGGGCGCUGGUUGGCCGGAGAGACAGGAAGACGCGCCCCAGGCAGCUUGGGCCGGUGGGAGCCAGCUGCGUUUGGAGACGCCUUUGGAGAGCUGAAACAUAGCUAGGACCCCGAGACGUCGCAGGGACCCUGAGAUAUCGUUGGAACGCUGGAGGCGUCCAAUCGGCGGCGGCGGCGGCUGGCAGAGACGGCUCCCCGGAGUUCCCCGCCUCUUGGCUCGCCCCGGCUUGCUUUCCCCGAGCAGUGGGCGGUCCCGGGGCGGCCGCGGUUGCAGCUUCACACCGAAACACCCCAGCGGGAAGGGAGUGGGUUGAUUUCUGUGCCCCGGCCGAUCGGCGCCCACAGUUCGAUGGUUGGUUCGGAACGCGAUGAGCCGCCCGUCCUCCACCGGACCCGGUGCUAACAAACCCUGUGGCAAGCAGCAGCAGCCUCCGCAGCAACAACAGCCGCAGCCGCAGCAGCACGCCCAGUCCCAGGCUGCGCCCCCGGCCGCCGCCACCAUCUCGGCUGCCGGACCUGGCUCGUCCGCGGUGGCCGCCGCGGCCGCAGUGAUCUCGGGCCCUGGCGGAGGCGGCGGCGGCGGCGGGCCGGUCUCUCCCCAGCACCACGAGCUGACUUCGCUCUUCGAGUGCCCGGUCUGUUUUGACUAUGUCCUGCCCCCGAUCCUGCAGUGCCAGGCCGGGCACUUGGUCUGUAACCCAUGCCGCCAGAAGCUGAGCUGCUGCCCGACGUGCCGGGGAUCCCUGACCCCUAGCAUCAGGAACCUGGCCAUGGAAAAAGUGGCCUCUGCUGUGCUAUUUCCCUGCAAGUACGCCACCACGGGAUGCUCCCUGACUCUUCACCAUACGGAAAAGCCGGAACAUGAAGACAUCUGCGAAUACCGUCCAUACUCCUGUCCUUGCCCUGGUGCCUCUUGUAAAUGGCAGGGCUCCCUGGAAGCCGUGAUGUCCCACCUCAUGCAUGCUCACAAGAGCAUCACCACCCUUCAAGGGGAAGACAUCGUCUUUCUUGCUACAGACAUUAACUUGCCAGGGGCCGUCGAUUGGGUGAUGAUGCAGUCGUGCUUUGGCCAUCACUUCAUGCUGGUGCUGGAGAAACAAGAGAAGUAUGAAGGCCACCAACAGUUCUUUGCCAUUGUGCUACUCAUUGGGACCCGGAAGCAAGCAGAGAACUUUGCUUAUCGGCUGGAACUGAACGGCAACCGGCGGAGACUGACCUGGGAAGCCACACCCCGUUCCAUCCAUGAUGGGGUGGCUGCCGCCAUCUUGAACAGCGACUGCCUUGUUUUUGAUACAGCCAUAGCACAUCUCUUUGCUGACAAUGGAAACCUUGGAAUCAAUGUGACCAUUUCAACAUGUUGUCCGUGACGUGUUUUUGUAGCAUUAGAAAGCUGUAGAGUUGUCAGGGCAUCGUACUUUUACACUUUAAUAAAAUAUUGUCGUUUUUAAAAUUGUACUUAAAUAUGUCUUCAUGUGUCAGAAGCUAAGAUUAACUGAUGUUUUAUACCAUUGCCUCUUAACCGCCCAGCUCCUGCUCUCCUUGUUUUUCUGUCCGUUCCCCCACUUUAUACUCUCUUAUGAGUCAACCCGAACACUUAACUUAAGAAAAUUGAGACACAUGGGUCUAACCUGUACAUAGUUUGAAGAAAACUUUUAACGCCUGAGGCUCUAUUACCACAAAAAAGAAUGAAUUAAUUUGGAUUAAUUUGAUUCUCAAACAACUUUUUGACAAGUCUUUGGUUCUUAUUUGCCUCUGCUUAUCCUUCCAUCUCUCUCUCCUUCUGUCUUUGCUUUCCUAUCUCACCUCCUCUCCCUUGCUCUUCUGUUCUCUUUCUCCUCUCUCUUUUUUCAUCUCUCCUCCUUCACUCUCUCUUCUCUCCUUUUUCCUCUUCCUCUCCCAUCCCCUCUUCUUUCUCCCCUCCCAUCCUCUCUUUCUUUUUCCCCUUCUCUCUUCCUCUCUCAUUUCUCUCUCCUUUCUUCUCUCUUCCUCUUCUCCUUUCUUCCUUUCUCUUUCACUUCUCUUUUUUCUCUUCUCCCUUUCCUUUCUCUUCCUUCCUUCCCCCAGCUUCUCUCUUGCUUCCCUUUCUCUCCCUCUCCAUCUCCCCCUCCUCCCCUAGGUAUAGGAGAAUCCCUUGCCUCUCCUCCUAGAGUGUUUAUCAGUUUUAACUGGAGCCAAGAGCUGUUCUCAGGGGAUUCCCUCCAAUUUGCUCUCCAUUUGUCCUUGAGGGGAGGAGGGGAAAUCAUUUCAUGUUUUAAUCAUGUAAAGGGAUCAGAGUUUUUCAACCUGCUUCAAUUGACCCUUGGCUGAGUUGUUUUAUUCCCCAAGUUUAAAAAAAAAAUUGCACAAGGAAGCUUUGAACCCCUGGGUGCUGUGAGGUAGCUGCCCUAGGAAGCAGGAAGGCCUAGCACUAAUUUUCCUUGGCUCAGAAUUAGCUGUUGAUCACACCCUAGUCUAGACACCUUCCACAUGGCUUCCUUGCCUUGGAGACAAACUCGAUUUGGGGUUGUAAUCGUUUCUUGCUAUUUGAGUUUUGUUGCCAUAUUCACUUUAGUUUUCUAAUAAAUGUUUUGCAGAAGCUGCU